GAGUCAGGGCGACGGAGUCCGCUGCUGAAACGGGGGUUUGACCCUGACAUGCUCCUGCGAAGCUUCAAGUAAACACAAAUAAUCUGUUUGUAGCUCACUAACGCUCUCAUACUCGCAGCCGGGACGGCGGAUAGAGGCGGCUGUUGUCGCAUUUCGUCUAGAAAAAAAACAAAACAACAACAAACAAACAACAGAGGACUUUUCGCGACACUCCCGGACGGACUUGACCGAACUCCGACAAAGAUGUCAAUUUUGCCCUUCACUCCCCCCAUCGUCAAGAGACUCUUGGGCUGGAAGAAAGGCGAGCAGAACGGGCAGGAGGAGAAGUGGUGCGAGAAGGCGGUGAAAAGUCUGGUGAAGAAGCUGAAGAAGACGGGACAGCUGGACGAGCUGGAGAAAGCCAUCACCACGCAGACCGCCAACACGAAGUGCAUCACCAUACCGAGGGCCGCCUGCAGGUGUCUCAUAGAAAAGGUCUGCCUCAUGUUAUCUACUGCCGGCUGUGGCGCUGGCCGGACCUGCAGUCUCACCACGAGCUGCGAGCAGUGGAGCUGUGCGAGUACGCCUUCCAUACAAAAAAGGAUGAAGUGUGCGUCAACCCUUAUCACUACCAGAGAGUGGAGACGCCAGUCCUCCCACCGGUGCUGGUGCCCAGACACACAGAAAUCCCCAGCGAGUUCCCACCCCUGGACGACUACAGCCAUUCAAUCCCUGAAAACACCAAUUUCCCUGCUGGUAUUGAGCCUCAGAGCAACUACAUACCAGAAACGCCACCACCUGGAUACCUCAGUGAGGAUGGAGAGACUAAUGAUCACCAGAUGACCCACAGUAUGGACACGAGCUCGCCAAACCUGUCACCGAACCCCGUUUCGCCCACACACAGUAACUUAGACCUCCAGCCAGUAACAUACUGUGAGCCGGCCUUCUGGUGCUCUAUUUCAUACUACGAGCUGAACCAGCGAGUAGGAGAGACCUUCCACGCCUCGCAGCCCUCGCUGACAGUGGAUGGCUUCACAGACCCCUCCAACUCUGAGCGUUUCUGCCUUGGAUUGUUGUCAAACGUCAACCGAAACGCAGCUGUGGAGUUAACACGCAGACACAUCGGACGUGGUGUGCGGCUGUAUUACAUCGGCGGAGAGGUGUUUGCAGAGUGUCUCAGUGACAGUGCUAUCUUUGUCCAGAGCCCCAACUGUAAUCAGCGUUAUGGUUGGCACCCUGCCACUGUCUGCAAGAUCCCUCCAGGAUGCAACCUGAAGAUCUUUAACAACCAGGAGUUUGCUGCCCUGCUGGCGCAGUCAGUCAACCAGGGCUUUGAGGCCGUCUAUCAACUUACCAGAAUGUGCACCAUCCGCAUGAGCUUCGUCAAGGGCUGGGGAGCUGAAUACAGGCGACAGACAGUGACCAGCACCCCCUGCUGGAUCGAGCUGCACCUGAACGGCCCGCUGCAGUGGCUCGACAAGGUGCUCACUCAGAUGGGCUCCCCGAGCAUUCGAUGCUCCAGUGUCUCUUAGAGACGCUUCGUCCUCUCAUUCCCCGCGCACCUCGUCUCUUGAUCAGAGACUGAAGACAGAGAUGGGAACAACGAGACACAAAGGCUCCCCCAUCCUUUGAUUCAGCUACUCUUUGUCCCUCACCCACCUGCUGUCAGGAGCACUUUUUAUACACAUUUUGUUUGUGGCAAAAGGGGACAAGUGCAUUAGUGUUGUACCAUGUUAGUAGGUUCUUAGUACUUAUUACUACGUUUCUUUUUCAUGCUGGGUUUUAUGUUUGCCAAUAAAAGACCAGACAGAAUAUCCACAUGGGAUCUUUCUAGUCAAGAUUGUCUCACUUUCAUUUAAAUUUCUUGUUCAGAAUUUUUUUGUCCACAUUAUAAAUUGAACCAUGAAUUAAAAAAAAAUGACAAUCCUAAAUCUGAAAAGCAUGUGAGAUUUAGGAAAGAAACACAUUUAAUUUGUUUCCAUAUUUGUGCGUUUGAUGAAAUAUGAAGAUUUGUACAAAUGUACAACAGUGAGGUGGACUGACAGUAAUUUAUAUAAUGAAAAUAGUAAUGCAUUGUGAAAAAUACAAAUAACCUCUGAAUAUAUAGGCCUCAGAGAGGAGGGUCACUCAUAUUAUAGUCAGCAUGCGUUACUUAGAUGAGGCAAACAUUACAUUUAGCAUCAUUUUUUAGUCAAAACAGUAUGAAAACUGAGAAUUGAGCUCAGUUUUUAAAUGUCCAAGGCAAGAGCACAGAAGCUAUGUGUUUAAAAUUUGACAAGAGUACUUAACGACAAUGAAAGUCAAUAAAUGUCACCACAAAGACGAUGGACUCUUUAUUUAGAGUUGGUAUAGUGAUGUAGACAAAGCACAUCAGUCUGCUGUUCUCACAUGCUUUUCAGAGGGUCGAGUAAAA